GUUCCUGUAGCUGCUGUGGAUUUGCCGUGACGCGCUGAUGUUUGUGUCGUCGCGGAGUCAAAGGAGAACCGAGAGAGGGGUCCACACGUAAAGGAAUAGCUGUCCGCAGACACUCUUCAACACAAAGAAGCACAAUGAACGAAGAGGAGCAGUUUGUGAACAUCGAUCUGAAUGAUGACAAUAUCUGCAGUGUCUGCAAACUAGAGACGGAAACGGGGACCAUGUCUUUCUGCCAUGUGUGCUUUGAACUCAGCAUUGAAGGUGUCUCCUCUGCUACCUUGUUGCACUCAAAGUCCCUGCGCGGCCACAGAGACUGCUUUGAGAAAUGCCACCUCAUUGCCAACCAGAAGCUGUCACGUUCCAAGGUCUCCCGAAGUGCCUACGAGGGCAUGAAGCUGGCCCUCAGCCAGAAACUGAACCGCAUCAUCCAGUAUGCCCAGAACAAAGACUCUGUCUCCUCGAACGGGCCUAGCAGACGAGGGGCCAAGCUGCUGUGUUACAGCCAGCAGAGUGACUGCAAGCUGCUGCCCCAGUCGGACGCCCAGGUGCCCCGCUACACGCCCUGCUGGGACGCGGGCAAAGCAACAGGGCUGCGUGAUUACACCAUGGGGAUGUUGGAGUGCCACACGGCAGAGGAGCUGAGUCUGCUGCAGGAGUCGCAAUCAGAUGUUUGGUCCAGUGACGGCAGGAAAGGUCUGCACAGCCGGAGCCAGUUGUCAGGAGGCGGACAGACGCAGCACAGGCACCAGGGCCACAGCAGAGAAGAGUUGACUGAAAUGAGUUUGGACGAACUUCAUCAGCUCAAUGCCCAGCUACUGAUGCAGAUUCAAAAGGUCUUCGAGGAGCUGACGGUGGCCGUGCAGGAGAAGGACUCGUUGGCGUCAGAGCUGCACGUGCGCCACAUUGCUAUCGAGCAGCUCUUCAAGAACUGUGCCAAGCUGCCCUGGCUGCACAUUAGCAGGGCCGGGGUCAAGGCCAGCAGCAGCAACAGCAGCGGCAGCCCCGUGGAGUGAAGGCUCAAGGCGGGGCUAUCGGUCUCCGCUGCUGGGAAUAAGCUGACAAACACUUGAAAGUGCUGCCUGCAGCGAGGCCCGAAAAAGCCUUUAUGUACAUUGAGUGACUUUUACGACACUAUGGUGACGUUGAGUUGUCGGAUCUGCUUCACAGCAGCAUUAAAGGCUGGGUUGACACGGCCUCCGUUCUCGUGGUUGCGGUGGUGGUUUGCAGUUUAAAACAAAGUGCUGAUGUGGCAUGUGAUCUGAAUUCCACCCAUCUCAUGUAGCCAGGAUGCAUGUUAAUAUAAGGGGGACUAGAGCAGAGAGAUUCCCCGGUACAUGACAACGACAUGCUCCUGUUGGACAUGAUCCUUAAAGAACAUCAAGUUUUACCUUUACACAGACAGAAAACCAUUUGUCUGCAUAACAAGGAAAGGAUUGCUGUUCUCUUUUUAGUUUGCCGUCAAACAUUUCAGUUUUCAUUGUUUUUAUGUUCUGUAGAUACAUUUUUUAAGCUUCUUUCCCUCCCUUCUCAUUGUGUCGAAUAUGGGUUUUAGCACUGCUUAAUAUUCCUCCAUACGUAUAUCUGAUGUUUCUCUGCAGAAAGUGUUGAGUUACAGUGUUAAAUAACAUGGCUCGGUGCACAUACUUGAUGCAGAUUAUCUGGACGAUCAUAUUCAUACCAUCAGGCACUGCCAGCAGUAGUGUUUGAUUACUGCUCUCAUGUAAGCCACGCAUGAAGUUUUAGCUUUUACUUGCAGCCACACACCGGAAAUAUAAUGUCUUUAAAUGUAUGUUUUUAACUUGCCUUUAAACUGCCCUAAUUUGACUUUCUAGUUUAUGAAAACUGGAUUCAACGGUAAAUAAAAUAAAAGGGCAAGUGCAAGACAACGCCCCAAAGUACCCUAAAGCAUCUCUGCAACCAAGACAAAUCAAAGUGUGAAAGUUAACAAGGCCGUUCUAGCUGUGCAGGUUUUUGUUUGUGAGGGUGAUGACUAUUUUGGGAGUGCCCAAGAAUGAAUAGUUUGUAACAGCUGGUUGGCAAGCACCAAGUGGAAAUAUCCGUCGAUACACCCUCGACUUUAAGCGAUAGGUGUUUUGUUUUGAACUGAACUUUUGGGUUCAUAGUAAUUAUUAUUGUAGCUGGGGAGAUUUACUUGAUAUUCAGUUCAGAGAUGUUUGCUGUAUAGCUGUUAUGGCUGUACACUGAACGAGGGCUAUCAGAAGAAGAAGAGAGGUUUAACCAUUAAAAAAGAAAUCCAGCUGCCAAACCAAAGUCUGUAUUUGUUCUGUUUCACGUGUAAACUGCACAUAUUUGACUCCAUUAGCAGAGGAUGAUGCAAUACCACACUGAUGUAAAGAGUAGUAGUGAUUUACUUCGAGGUUUUUACUCUAAAUGUGUUGAUGUGGAAAUUAUUUGACACGCCAUAUGUUUUUUAAAUGAUUUGUUUUAUUUAUCUUUUUAAUUUUUCUCUGUGUUAUCUUUUGUCGCCCUCUCUCCUGUAUUGACGUGUGAAAGAUAAGUUGACGCCGCAGCAAUACAAACGGGAUAGUGUAGUCUACUGUGCCUCUGGAGGUCCCUGAUUUCGGAACAAAGCUGUAUUAUUAACAGUUGGUGUGUUCAGCCUGCAGUUUUGGUUUAAUUUGUUAUUCAGGAACCCUAUGCAAGAAAGAAAAAAAAUCAGAAGCCUUAUUAAAUAGGAAAUAUCUAAAAGAAUAUUGGUUUUCCUCAGCGGAGGUCACAGAGCUGUUGAAUAUAAUAAGCUGGGGAAAGACGAGGUUAUAUUCAGAUUGAUGUUUAGAGAAACUCAGCAUUGUCACUAUCGCUUUUGUUCUCUUUGUAAGAGAUUAAAUGUAUUUGACCCCUUUUAGGGUUUAAACUUAAAAGUUUUAGCUCCGUUUUAAACUUUUAUCUUGGUUUUAUUUGGAUAAAUGUAUUCAGUGUGCUUGAGCGUUUGAGCUUCUUCAGAUUACCGGUCCUUAAUGCAAGUCACUCAAUCUUUUUAUGUUCUUAUUUGUGUUUUAAUUCUGAAUGCUGUGUCUUUUUGUAUACUGUGGAAACACGCCUCUGCUUGGCAGGAACAUUUCAGGCUGCCUGGAUAUUUGGUUGUGUCGUUAUAUUUUACUGGAGAUGUAAGCAUACCUGUUACACCUUCGCCUCCUCCCCUUAGACUUGACUCUUUGUUUAUUUGUUUUCUGAUGUCGAACGAGGCUGCAUUUGUGUUGUGUGAUGAUUCUAUUUAUUGUGUGUGUUCAUGGACCUUACACAUGCUGUGUGAUUUGUGCUUAAGUGACAGUUUGUAUUUUUUUGUAAAAUAUUUCAAUAAAAUUAUUUUUACUA